AUGGGGCUGACUUUGACGGGCACGUACAACACCAGACAGCUACAGAUUGUCAUCAUCAACAGCAUGCUCGUUGUAUUGUCAAUUUCAGCUGUUUCUCUGAGAGUCUGGGCACGCAGGUUACAAGGCCUGAGUCUUUUCAUAGAAGACUACCUGAGCAUUGUCGCUCUGGCUUUGGCUCUUGCAGUUAAUGCACUUCUCUUCCAGAGUCUUCACGCUGGCGUUGGGGAACAUGUCGAUACGCUUUCCGCUGCUACUGUUCAGGAAUAUUCCUUGAACCUCUAUGUGAUGCAGCUGUUCUGGAAUACAUGCCUUCCGGUCAUUAAGCUGUCUAUCGUCGUAUUCUACCAGCGCAUCUUCCCAGUUUCUUCCAUGAUAUUUGUGUGCCGCUCAUGGCAGAAGAAGACCACUAAGGGGCACUGCAUAGACUUUGUCCCUUUUGUGACCACACUAGCUGCGACCAACUUGUGCACCGACGUCAUUUUGUUGGUUUUGCCCACACGAGAGAUCUGGAAACUCCAAAUACCUUGGCCUAGGAAGAUAGGUUUGUCGAUUGUAUUUACUCUGGGUGUCAUGUACGAUGUCUGCAGCGCAGCCUUUCAGAAGUCCAGCGGGUCAGAUACAUACUCCCACCUUUGGACUGCGAUCGAGAGCAGUCUCGGGGUGGUGGUAUCCUGCCUGCCCAGCUUGAUGCCAAUUGUGCGCCUAGUCAGGGGCAGGAAAUUGCGGCGCAGCGGAAAAUCCUUUAGUCGUCCACAGGAUGGCUCAUCUUCCUACCCGAGUUACGUGCGACCACCGUACGAGCUGUCAAAGCUGUCAAAUCAUGUUACCUCGGGAGCGAGUCGGACAAGGCGUCGGUCAGGAAGUAGUCGCUCGGACUUAAUCCAGAAAGCUGUUGGGGAUAUUGAGAUCGUCACUGAAAUUAAUCAAGAGGUGGAGUCGGCCAGUCAAUGUGGCUUUGAGACUUAG